GACAAAGUCUAGUGACGAUGACGUUCUAUGUGUGAGAAUGGAACGUCUCAAUUCCUUACGGUCAUCCUUGUCUAGUAAGAGACUUACAACGGACAGCCAUGAAGCUGGCGUAAGUGUUAGUCCUUGUCAACCGCUUAUAUUUCAAUAACUAUUAUCGCUUCAUCAAAGUUUUUAAUACCAUAUGCAUGAUCUAUCAACUAUUUGGAGUUUUCGAUGUGCUUUUGUUUUUUAUCUUUUCUUCCUCUGACGAAAUACAAUAUUCAGUCUGGUGAUAGCCAUUAUCUCAUCCUUUGCCCACGGUUAUUUCUAGACAAUUUCAGAGCUUGUAGAAAUCAUGUCAAAAGAAGGGGAAAAUCGAGGAAACACUGUUCGCCUUCGUUUCCGUGAGCUGCCGAACAGAAGACGUCCCCGUGGUUUUUCUGGUGUGGAAAACGAAUUGGGAGAUGGCAACAUUUCCAACAAAAAUGCGUGUGAUUCUUCUGGAGCAUGUGAAGAGAAAUGUGGAAUGUCUUCUAUCGGAUCACCGGGUUGUAGUCAUCGUCGUAUUUCGAUAACCGCUUCGAGUAAUGCAAAUACCGAUCAUUGCAGGGCAAAUAUUGGUCGACGAAAAGCCGUUGCAAAAAGAAAUCCGUGUUCACCACCCACAAGAAAAGUAUCUUUCAAGUCUGAGAGCAUUGAUAAAUAUGCUACUUGCAGCUCUCGGAAGAAAUUGCGAACGCAAACUUUGAAGGUAAAACGAAGGUCGGUAGCCACUCCAGUUAGUUCAGUAAUCCCCUCCAAAGAUCAUACAGGUCAACCUCCUUUAGUGUCUGACUUUAUUAAGUUUUUAUGCAAUUAUGAUUCCAAAGAUACUUGUAUUCCAAAUAAAGAAUGGUUCGGUAUACCUCAUGUCUUACAUGGAAAAUCUCUUCCACGGUCCUCACAAAGCAGUCAACCUUCAUCCAAAUCAUCAAAGAGAGAGCAACUCAAUAGCAACACAAUGAAUUCAACCGCAAAUAUUACUGUUGAAUGCUCUGAACAAAUAAAACCUAAAGAACAUUCCUGGUUAAGGGGAGUUACUAUCCCCCGAAAAUUUCCGCACAUUGAACAACCACGAUUCACUUGUUCUGCCCAUGACUUUCUUCUUGAAAAUGGAUUUCGAUGAUUGUAAACAGACCAAACAUCCUUCAACUACAUAGCUAUGUAACAGGCUCACGGAGGAAACUGAACUGAACGCACAAAUUUACUUUAAAGUUUUACUGUGUAACAGAAUCAUGCUGAAAGUUAAUCAUUCUUGUUUGAUAGUUAUGAAUGUGUUUCGUUUUCAUUUUAACUUUCGUGCAUUCUGUUUUUGGAAUUGAUCAAAUACACACACUUCGUAAAGCACCAAUAAUAAUUGGCCGUCAAAUUUCAGAUCGCUCUCGGAUGGAUUCGAAGUUAUUCUCUAAAUUGACUAUUAAACUUUGAAUGGUACUGAAAAAGCGGGUUGCAUUUGUCAUCAUAAUUUCCGUUUUUCACUGUAUAGAUUAUUAAUAUUCUUAGUAGUAUUGUAUUAUAUUCGUAGUAUUCAAAUUUGGAUUCAGUCGGAAUUUGCUGUUGAAAUUGUUC